GUUAAAAACUGUGGAAAACGUCUGGAGGUGGCGUAAUCUAAGUGUAUCGUGACAGUGACAGCACCGUUGUAAAACCAAAAGGCCGAGAGUCAAUUAAUCAAAGAAAACUAAAACUGAGUGAUAAUAGUGUAGCAGCUGAUCAAAAUAUGAGCAGGAAAAAUGGAAUCUCGCAAGGGUAAAGAUAAGGUUACCAAAACAGCUCCACAGGAAAAUGUGAAGACGGAGCAACCACCACCAGGGACCGCUCGCAAAAAACGAAGAUACAAGAGACGUCGUAGGGUAACGGUCAGUUAUAAAAAGCGUCGUCGCAAUAAGAAUGGUCAGAAACGGAAACAAAAUCGCGUCUCCAAGAAAUCACACUCGCGUAAACCCAAAAAACAAAACAAAAUCCCCUUGGUUACGUCGUCGCAUGUCAUGGUCACAAGAAAAGCGACAAAUCUCGACAAUUGUCCACGGAAUGAUAAUAAUCGAACCCGCAACAAAUCACACGAAAGUGAUUCUAAAAAAAAUAAAACUCCUGUGGCAUCUACGUCACGUGGCAUAGACAAAAAACAAAGGGCUGAGGACAAUCCCGGAAAUCAUCCACGAAAUUAUAAUAAUAUUCAACAAGAUUCAGAAACUAGUAGCGAGCCUGCCGCAGAAGAGUCUAGUAGGGAGGCAGUCUAUCAACCUUAUAUCUACACACCGCUCUCAGAUGUGCUAUCAGAAUUUGCUAAACAAGAUAAAAGUACCCGUAAGGAAGGAGACUUACACAAUUUUCAUACUGGAGAAGACCUCGAGGACUAUUCAUUAACGGAAAUAGGAUCGGGCACAUUCGGCACAGUAUUCAGAGCUUCUCACAAUGUAACCAAUGAAACAGUAGCCUUAAAACGCGUGAACGACAACAUUCUGCGUGCUGGAGUACCACCAGAGACAUUAUCGGAAAUAAGGUUGCUAAGAAAACUAAACGGAAUCGGAUGCGAAAAUGUCGUCAGUCUGUUUGGUGUAGCCUAUCGCAGGAGGUCCGGAGAAAUAGUCGAAAUGUACCUUGUAUUCGAAUACUGUCUUUACGAUUUGAGGAAGCAUAUGGAUGUUAUAAGAUCGCCGUUGAGCAAAAUUAAAAUCCAGUCUAUGUUCACCGACGUAAUUAGGGGAGUGGCUUUUAUGCACUCACAUGGAGUGAUGCAUCGCGACUUGAAGCCGCAAAAUAUUCUAAUCUGCCCCCGAGGUAUCUUGAAAAUCGCCGAUUUUGGAUUGGCAGAAGAAUAUAACUGUGGGAAGGAACUGUCUUAUAACGUGGUGACUCUUAAUUACAGAGCUCCAGAAAUUUUAUUGUAUCAGCCUUAUAAUUUUGCCGUUGAUAUGUGGUCACUCGGCUGCAUCCUGGUAGAGAUGCAUACUUUCACUGUGCUCUUUCCUGGGAGAACGGAACAGGACCAAUUUUCCAUGAUUUUAAAGAACGCCGAACGUGAUGAAGACGGAGUCCUUCAAGUAAAUCUAAAUGUAUUUGAUAUACAGAUGUCAGACGAUGCAAGAAAUCUUGCAAAGAAAUUGUUGACGUUCGUAGGUCAUUUCAGGAUUACUGCGGAAGAUACUUUAAAACAUCCGUAUAUAAUUUCGAAAUUAGUUUGAUGUUGCAGUUAAAUUACUUCUUUUAUAAUUAUA